ACGGGAGGAGGGGGAGGAGAGAGCGGAGUAUACCGCAGACAUCAUUUCUACUACAGUGGCGGAGCCGUACAGGACCUGUUUCACUGCAGGGGGACCCAAAAACAAGCCCUGUGGAGCAGCAGCAGACCAACAGCAGCCGCAAGACAUUGUUUCUCUCCCUCUGUGCCCCCUUCCCCACGCAACCCCAGAUCCAUUUACACUUUACAGAGCAUCGCGCAACAGGUCGGCAGGGUGGUGUGUUCAUACUGCAGAUUUGUCUGCCAUCCCUGGAGCCCAGCCUCCUCCGGUGUCGCCACGGGGACGAGCGUCACAUGUCAGUACCUUGGAGCCCGGGGAAGAAGUCUGUUUUGAAGCCUCCCAAGUAAGGCUGCUGCCGCUUGUGAGAAGGACAGGGGACGCCAGCCUGCGAGGGUGAGCUUGCAACACGAAUGUCUUUGGCCUGGGCAUCUAACGCUGAGCUUCUCUACUGCCUCUGUUUCUACUGAAGCAAAACCUGUAUGAAAAGACCUACCACACAGGAGCAGGCUGCUGACGGCUUUCCACUGGGAUGAAAGCACAUGGUACAGUUUAGGCCUUGCAGGGGAGUGGGCAGGGCCCGUGGUCCCAUCCUGCAGUCUCUGAAUGCAACAGCAGCAUGGAGAACCUCCCUGUCUCAGCCCAAAGGUAUUUCUCACUUGUCAGUGAAGAGAAGGAAGAGCACGUCUGAGCGCAGGCGUCCUGCAGCUUCUGUGAGAAGUCUCCAUGGUGAACUAUAGGCCGCGGCUCCCUGGGAACGGCGCGCAGUGAAUGCUAAUCCAGAGCUGCUGUUGGCCAAGUGCGCCCACAGGGAGAUGAUUCCCCAUGAAGCACCUGGAUCCCCUGCUGGAACCCAAUGUGACUUUCCGUUUAUCAGACUAAAACCAGAGCCAGCCAGACAGUGAGACAGCCACCGUGGAGGGGGGACGGCGAAAAAUGAAAUCCAACCAAGAGCGCAGCAACGAAUGCCUGCCGCCCAAGAAGCGCGAGAUCCCCACCACCAGCCGGCCCUCCGAAGAGAAGGCCCCCACCCUGCCCAGCGACAACCACCGGGCAGAGAGCGUGGCAUGGCUCCCCAGCAACCCAGGAGGCCGUGGCCACGGGGGCGGGCGGCAUGGGCCAGCAGGGCCUUCGGUGGAGCUUGGUUUACAGCAGGGAAUAGGUUUACACAAAUCACUGUCCACGGGGCUGGACUACUCGCCGCCCAGUGCGCCACGGUCGGUCCCGGCGGCCAACACACUGCCCACGGCAUACCCUCCCCCACAGUCAGGGGCCCCGGUGUCCCCCGUGCAGUACGCUCACCUGCCUCACACCUUCCAGUUCAUCGGGUCCUCCCAGUACGGUGGCCCCUAUGCCGGCUUCAUCCCUUCACAGCUGAUCUCGCCCUCAGCCAACCCAGUCACCAGUGCAGUGGCCUCCGUGGCAGGGGCCUCCACGCCAUCCCAGCGCUCCCAGCUGGAGGCCUAUUCCACACUGCUGGCCAACAUGGGCGGCCUGAGCCAGACCCCGGGACACAAGGGUGAGCCGCCGCAGCCACCUCCGCACCUCGGCCGGGCCCCGGGGCUCAUCACCCCGGGGUCCCCCCCACCUGCCCAGCAGAACCAGUACAUCCACGUGUCUGGCUCUCCGCAGAGCUCCGGCCGGCCGGCCUCCCCCCCAGCCAUCCCGGUCCACCUCCACCCCCACCAGACGAUGAUCCCGCACACGCUCACCCUGGGGCCCUCAUCCCAGGUGGUCGUGCAGUACAGCGACUCCGGGGGCCACUUCGUCACACGGGAGCCCUCCAAGAAAGCCGAGAGCGGCCGGCUGCAGCAGACCAAGGAGGUGCUGAAUGGGGAGAUGGAGAAGAGCCGGCGAUACGGGGCUCCGUCCUCGGCCGACCUGGGCCUAAGCAAAGUCGGCAGCAAGUCGAUGCCUCAUCCCUACGAGCCCAGGCACGUGGUGGUCCACCCGAGCCCCGCGGACUACAGUGGCCGGGAGGCCUCAGGGGUGCGGACCUCUGUGAUGGUCCUGCCCAACAGCACCACGCCCACGGCUGACCUGGAAGUGCAGCAGGCCACGCACCGAGAGGCCUCGCCAUCCACCCUCAACGACAAAGGCGGCCUGCACUUAGGGAAGCCGAGCCACAGGUCCUACGCACUGUCCCCCCACACGGUCAUCCAGACCUCACACAGUGCUUCCGAGCCUCUUCCGGUCGGACUGCCUGCCACGGCCUUCUACGCAGGCACGCAGCCCCCUGUCAUCGGCUACCUGAGCGGCCAGCAGCAAGCAAUCACCUACGCCGGCAGCCUGCCCCAGCACCUGGUCAUCCCGGGCACCCAGCCCCUGCUCAUCCCAGUGGGCGGCACCGACAUGGAGGCAUCGGGGGCAGCCUCUGCCAUCGUCACGUCGUCGCCCCACUUUGCUGCAGUGCCUCACACCUUUGUCACCACCGCCCUGCCCAAGACAGAGAACUUCAGCCCCGAGGCCCUGGUCACGCAGGCCGCCUACCCAGCCAUGGUGCAGGCCCAGAUCCAUCUGCCAGUGGUGCAGUCGGUGGCCUCCCCGGCUGCGGCACCCCCCACCCUGCCGCCCUACUUCAUGAAAGGCUCCAUUAUCCAGUUGGCCAACGGGGAGCUGAAGAAGGUGGAGGACCUGAAAACGGAGGACUUCAUCCAGAGUGCAGAGAUCAGCAAUGACCUCAAGAUCGACUCCAGCACCGUGGAGAGGAUUGAAGACAGCCACAGCCUGGGCGUUGCAGUCAUACAGUUCGCUGUCGGAGAACACCGAGCACAGGUCAGCGUGGAAGUUCUGGUAGAGUAUCCUUUUUUUGUGUUUGGACAGGGCUGGUCAUCCUGCUGUCCAGAGAGAACCAGCCAACUCUUUGAUUUGCCGUGUUCCAAACUCUCGGUGGGGGACGUCUGCAUCUCGCUGACCCUGAAGAACCCGAAGAACGGCUCUGUAAAAAAGGGCCAGCCCACAGAUGCUGCCAGCGUCCUGCUGAAGCACUCGAAGCCUGACGGCCUGGCAAGCAGCAGGCACCGGUACGCGGAGCAGGAGAACGGAAUCGGUCAGGGAAGCGCCCAGCUGCUCUCCGAGAACGGCGAACUGAAGUUUCCAGAAAAAGUAGGAUUUCCUGCAGCACCGUUCCUCACCAAAAUAGAGCCCAGCAAGCCUGCGGCCACGAGGAAGAGGAGGUGGUCGGCCCCGGAGACCCGCAAACUGGAGAAGUCGGAGGAUGAGCCGCCCUGGACUCUCCCCAAGCCUUCUCUCAUUCCUCAGGAGGUGAAGAUCUGUAUCGAAGGCCGCUCUAAUGUGGGCAAGUAGAGGCCGAGCGGGCAAGGAGGUGUCCCUUACGUUUGUAUCCAGAUUACUGUACUGUAGGCUGAAUAAUACAGUAUUUACAUGUUAUCCUCUUAUUUUAGGUUUCUGUUCUAACCUUGUCAUUAGAGUUACAGCAGGUGUGUCGCAGGAGACUGGUGCAUAUGCUUUGUCCGGGAGGUCCGUCCGGGAGCAGGCGGUGGAGGGUGGGUCAGAGCAACAGCCAUCUGGGCUCCAGGCAUCCUGGGGGCACGAGAGUGGCUUCACCAGCGCCUGCCUUCUCUAGCAGCACCAAGGCAUCCGAUGGGCACCGAGUCCCUCUAGUUUCCAGGGAAAGUUCAGCAGGAAGGGACCUGCGGGGCACAGGGUGCCGUGGUGGCCAGCCAGGGUCUCUCUUUCUCUGCCUCCCUCUGCCUCAGUCUCUUGCUUUCAGCAUGGGAUUGGGGGUAGAGGCAGUGUCCUCUUGGGGUUCCCCUGUGCAAAAUCCACAUCAGGAACCUGGCUUUGGGGCACUGUAGGGAGGGGUUGGAUGGCAAAUGGAAAGCUAACUGUUUCAAAGAACAUUUUUCUCUCCAACAUAUUUUACAAUAAAAGCAACUUUUAAUCCUAUAGAUAUAUAUUUCCCCCUAUGGGGCCUGACUGCACUGAUAUAUAUAUAAAUUUUUUUAAAACAAAAAACAGAAAGAGCAACUGCCACAUGUGGGAUUUCAUUUCUGCUUUACUAGUGCAGUGCUGUACAUCGCCAGGGUGUCGCGGCGGGCAGGGAAGGAGGCCCCAGCUCAGCCUGCAGCGCCCAUGCCGGGGGUGGGCCAGGAGGGAACAGCCCGCUGUCUCUGUGCAGUGUUAGGAAAAUCAAUCAGGUUAUUGCAUUGACUUCGCUCCCAAGAGGUAAAUGCAAACUGCCCUUCAGUGAGAGCUGCGAAGAAGCUCUCGGAGUUAAGUUUGCAAAAUCUUUUUGUCUUUUAACUCUAGUACUGUUUAUAGAUCAUGACAAUGGACAACUCGGGUGCCACCUUUUUCAGAUUCCAGUGUGACAUGAGGAAUUAGAUUUUGAAGAUAAGCAUAUAUUACUAUCUCUAAGCACUUACGAUGCUGUUCACACUUUAUUACAAAGCAUCUGGGUCUGUCAUUCAAUGAGUACUGUAUCUCACUUUAAACUCUUGGGGAAGGAAAAAUGAAAAAUAAGUUGCUUUUUUUUUAACACUGUAACUACAUUUCAGCUUUGCAGAGUUGCUCAUGAGCAAGAUUUUGAAAGUUUCAAUGUGGUUUCAUGGGAUGAAUGUGAAUUAUGAAACUAGUAUGUGACAAUAAAUGACCACCAAGUACUACCUGACAGGAGGCACUUGUCACUUUGAUUUUGGAGAAAGAGUGAAAAGGCAUAUGCAGGGUUGGCAGAGAAACCGAAAGGAAAGAGGGGCGGAGAAACGAAUACUCAUUUUUGUCCAGUGUUUUUAAGAUGAACUUUUAAAAGAACCUUGCGAUUUGCACAUCUUGAGUUUAUAAUUUGUGUGAUAUUCCUGCAGUUUUUUUUUUUUUUAAUCCAAUAACAUUAUGGGAAAGGCUUGGGGGACGGAUCGAGCAUAAAUAAAUGUAGCAAAAUUACUUUCUAACCUGCCUAAACUCUAGGCCAUUUUCUAAGGUUAUGUUCCUUUUAAGAUUCAUUUUGGUCUUUUUAUCAGAUCUGUCACAAAAAGCCAGAUCUUAGCAGGACAACUCUGGAAAUUUUCUUCAGAUUCAUUGAGAGAGUUUUCCAUAAAGACAUUUAUAUGUAAGCAAGUUUUUUUUUUCUUUUUUGAAAAAUAAAACAAUUACUUUGUUAUUGUUUAUAUUACUUUCAGAAUGACUUUUUUUUUCUAUGUAAAAUCAGAUUUAAUGUUUGGUACAAACCCAGAAAAGGUAGUUCAUAAAAUUUGAAGCUUUCAUUCCCAGAGAUCUCUAAUAUUAUUUGUGGGGAUUGAGUUCAUCUUAAAGUGCUUUAAACAACAAAAGUUCUAAAUGUAGGGAGAAGUUUUCCCAGUAUCCAUACUUGGGUGGCUGCAACUAACCUGAACAAAUAUUCUUGAGUUAUCAUCUGCUGCUGAAAAUAUUACUUCUUCCAUUUGGCAGAUUAAAAAAACAAUCCUAAUGUCAACCCACAUGUUGACUUGACAAUCCUAAUAGUCAUUUACUUUUAGCUCUCACCAGGGCUAAUGAUUUUUAUAAACCAUUUUCUGGGGUGUACCAAAAACAGUUAGGUUUAGCAUCACUAGACUCCUUCUUUGACUUCUCUUCAAUUUCAUUACCCUCUCAGCAGGCUAGCGGAGCUGGGUGGGCCCAUUCUUGUGGGUAUCUUGCUUCUUUAGUGCUGUAUUUUUAAAAUGUUUCUGUUUAGAGAACUUGCUUAAUCUUCCAUAUAUUCUGCUCAGGGCACUUGCAAUUAUUAGAUUUAUUUUUCUUUUUGUUUCUUAACCUUUGAUAGUAAGAGGAGUACGGGGCUGCCACGUACACUUUGUUCUCAGUCGUACCACUAUUUCCAGCCGCUUGUGUGGGCUCAGAAAAACACACGCCACCUUCUGGCUUACUUUGAGUAUCGAACUGACUGCAUCCGCGAAGCCAACACUAAAACGGGAAAAACACAUGGUGUGGAGCAAUAGGAACAUCAUCGUUUUUGUGGUUCUGUUUCAGGUAUAGGAAUUAUGAAAUCAUGGUUCUUUGCAAACACUUCUCACAUUUCGUUCUCUUACUUUUUUUAGCAUGUGCAAUAUUUUCUGUGCCAAUAGGCUGACCAGUGUGCUAUAUAGUUAAAGCUCAUUCCCCUUUGGCUUUUGUCCUUGUUCAGUUGGUUGAUCUUCCCGGUUCUGGCCCGGGAAAGGUUGCAGAGGGGGGCCCCCUGCCUGUCCUUUGCCACGAUGCUGAGCACCUGGGCAGGGAUCCUGCAGGAGCCCGAGUAUCUGUCAGCAUGUUGCAGAAACAACCAGCGAAGAAGACCCAGGGGAACAGCCGGUUCCCCAUAACCCCACAAAGUAGUGAAUGUGGAGUGUGGAGAGGAAGGAGGUUCAAUUCUUAGGAUGCACUCAGGAGCAAUGUAGGCUGGGACCUGCUCACUUCCCACUGUCUUUGCUGAGUGGGCAGCCCCCUCGGGCCGGGUCUGUGAUCUGGAUGGAGACUUGGGAGCUCGGGCAGCAGGUGUGGCCUCUUGUGUGUGCACAUGCAUUCUGAGCAUGCCAGCCAGUGGCUGUGGAGGGGACCACCUGCCAACCACGGUCACCACUCCAUGUGGCAGCUUUCACUGCAAACAGGAAGAACCCGCAGAGGGCAGGAGCCUCCUGUUGUUGGACACCGGCGAGCCUGGGGCUCCCGAAGCAGCAUCUGCCAUCGCAUCUGUGUAGCAAAUCUAAUGAAGACAGGGGUAGAAAUUCUUCGGUGCCGUUCAGCAUACACGGAGCAGCCACGUGCCUCUGUACUGUGCCCUCUUUGCAAUAUUAACUGACAGCCGUCUUUUCGUUCUUUCUUUACUGUUUUCCAUUUUUAAACUACUAACAGCAGGUCUUUUGCGUUUACAAUGAAACACAAUCACCAUGAAAUUAGUCAGGGCGAAAAGAAAAAAUAAUAAGAAACAAACAAACAAGAACCUCUCUUUCUAGGGAUUUCUAAAUAUAUAAAAUGACUGUUCCUUAGAAUGUUUAACUUGAGUUAUUUCAGUUUGUCUGGGCCACAUUAGGGGCUGAGGUGGGGAGGGAGGGACACAGAUGCCACUUACCUCAAACCUUUUCAAAGUGGAAAUCCAAAUUGCAUACUCAUUUGGACUUUCAGGAUCAUUUUCUAUGUCGGUGGAACUUUGGUUUGGCCCUACUCACCCAGUCUGGUUUGGGAUGAUUUGAGUUGUGUGGCGGUAGCGAUCCCAUUUGUAGCUCUGAAUGGUGACCCUGUGUGUUUUCUGUUAGGUGAGUGUGUUGGGUUCCCCCCACCAGGAAGUGGUAGCAUCCUUCCUCCCCUAUAAGGACUCUGCGGAAACUUUCACACCUCUUACUCAGGGAUGGGGCUGGUGUGUGUGUGGAACACUGAGGUGUCCAGCAGCAGCACUUUGACUGCUCUGGGGUAGGGUUGUACAAUUUCAAGGAAUCUUUGGAUUUCCUGCAUCUUGUGGAUUACUCUUUAGAUACUGCAUAGAUUGCAAUAUAAUGCUGCAUGUUCAGAGGGACUGCAGCUCCUAGUAAUCAUAAAAAUCCACUCUUUGCACAUAGUUUCGAUCUUUACUGAAAUCUGUUGCCAAAAUUUAUUUUUGUUGUUGUAGCUUUGAAUUUUGUUCUUUUUUUUUUUUUUUUUUUAAGGAAACUUUUUAACAUCUGUGACUACUAAGGAAACCUAUUCUUUCAUAGAGUGAAAAAAAAUCUGAGAUGCUUUUGAAGACACUAAUGCCAUGAUAUUUAGACAUGGGUGAGGAAGCAGUGCUCUUGGGACAGAAAGCCAGGCUCUGAGCUGCGUUGGUUGUCAUGGCUACUGUUUCCUGAACCACAAACAGCUCAACAGACUGGUCUAUUCUCUCCUGAAACCCCCGCGCGCUUCCAAUGUCCUAGUCACCCUCGAAAUUCCAGGUGAAGACAGGGCCAGCUGUCUCAGUGGCCCAGAUCCAGUUUCUUCAGUGGUGAAAUGAAUGACAAGAGAAUUACUCUUUUUUUGUUGUUGUUGCUUUUCAAGUGGAAUGGAGGCCUUCGCUUCCACGUUUGUGUUUUUAACCCAGAAUUUCUGAAAGAGAAUUUAAGAACACAUCAAGUAAUAAAUAUACAGAGAAUAUACUUUUUUAUAAAGCACAUGCAUAUGCUAUAUUGUGUUGGGUUGGUUUCCACUCUUUUUCACGGACAGUGUUGUGUUUGUUGCUAGGGAAACUCCAAAUGACUUGUACACCUCUACUCUGGAGCUGACGUUUCUUUUACAUACAUGACCUCGCUUCAAAUAUGUUACCUUACUGAUAGGACCUUUACUUGUCGCACUAUACCUUGUGGGAAUUUUUUUUUUCUUUAAUGUUCACCUAAUUCGAGAAGCUGAAGAGAACAAUUUGAAGUGCUCACUUUAAAGAGUACAGGCAAUGUUUU